AGAUAAAAUGGUGAGAAAGAGACGAUUCUAGAACUGUUGUCAGAAGAAUAUAACCAACCAAAAUAAGGAUGACUACGCCGGCGCCAACCUCGGCGGACGCAUGUCUUUCUAUUGUUCAUAGUCUAAUGUGCCAUAGGCAAGGAGGGGAAAGUGAAGCUUUCAGUAAACGUGCAAUUGAGUCCCUUGUCAAAAAAUUAAAGGAGAAGCGUGACGAGCUUGAUUCCUUGAUCACAGCAAUCACUACAGGUGGGGUCCAACCAACUAAAUGUGUAACUAUACCCCGAACUUUGGACGGCAGAUUACAG